CGCCUGUUGCACAUCCGCGAUGGAGGGGGUGUGGUGCGGUUGUGUGAUUUCGCGCUCCCUAAUUCUGAGUGGUGUGUAGGUGGGCGUUGCGCCAGUGUGUCAGUCGAUUAAGAGAAAUUUUUAAGACUGUUUUAGUAUCAUUGUGAAGGACCAUCAAGCUUGAAAAUGCGUGAAUUAAAAGUUGUCGUUUUGGGCUCUGGCGGUGUGGGCAAGAGUGCUUUGACCGUCCAAUUUGUAACCGGACACUUUAUGGAAAAAUAUGACCCGACGAUUGAAGAUUUCUACAGGAAAGAAAUAGAGGUGGAUGGUUCUCCAUGUGUGCUCGAGAUUUUGGACACUGCUGGUACCGAACAGUUUGCCAGCAUGCGUGAUUUGUACAUCAAGAAUGGACAGGGCUUCCUGGUUGUUUACAGCCUUACCAAUCAUCAAACCUUUCAAGACAUUAAAAAUAUGAAGGAACAGAUUGCUAGGGUGAAAGGAACUGACAGGGUACCUAUCAUGCUCGUUGGCAACAAGGUUGACCUAGAGCAUCAACGUGAAGUGUCAACGGUAGAAGGAAUGGCUCUUGCUCAGAUGUGGAGUGGUCCAUUUCUUGAAACGAGUGCCAAAAGUAAAACCAACGUAAAUCAAGUUUUCACUGAGAUUGUACGGGAAAUGAACGACAGCCUAGAAGAUGAAGGUGGAUCGGGCUGCUGCUGCACCAUCUUGUAGCACCAUGGUCACAGCUGUCAUGUCAAUGUGCAACUUCUGGGUCUCAUGGUAAGUGUUACCCAUGGU